AUGAUCCUUCUUCUUAUUCUGGCCAACAUAUCGUUUCUCUUCGGAGCAACCUUUGAGCAAGCGAAAUGCACUCACGCCCUCAAGAUUCUGACCGUCGACCUCGAUGGAGGGGCCAUCGGUUCGGCUAUAGCAGCUGCGUCGAAGAGUUUCCGGGGCGCAGACUUCCCUACAAUUGAAUUUGGUUCGGCUUCAGAAUACUCAACACCGGCGGCGGUCAAGAAUGCUGUAUGUAAGGGAGAUUAUUGGGGUGCAAUCUACAUCAACAAAGGCGCAUCAGAGAAGCUCGCCAGCGUCAUUAGCGGAACUUCAAACACCGCCUACAACGCUGCCGACUCCGUUACCUACACCUACAAUCAAGCUCGGUAUCCCGCGAUAGGCGACUCCGUACUCGCAAGCAAUAUACAAAAGGUCGUGGCCGCAUCGAGAGGUUUCUACUACAAAUCACCCAACGGCACAUCCGCCCUCCGGUCCUUGGACACUGCCAACCUGGCCGCUGUUGCCGCAUACCUGAACCCGAUCUCGUCCACCCCUGAUAUCAUCGGCGCCCAGACGCAAGCCAGCCGUGUCUAUUUCAACACUGUCAAUAUCAUUGUGCCGACCUUAGCCCAACUCUUCUUCAUUCUAACGCUGAACGGUAUCUUCAUGAGCUCCGGUCUCCGUGCCAAGGCGAGGAUCCGUGACGUCUGGCUGCUUCGUUUCGUCGCCGGCAAGGUUUACUGCCCCCUUACUACUCUCACGGUCACUGGUUACAUAUGGGCUUUCAGGGAAAAUUGGGCCGUCAGUGGCCCAGAGCUUGGCAAGUCGUUGCUGGUAUUUUGGCUCUACAUGGACGUACAGUGGCAGGUGUUGGAAUCCGUCUUGGGAUCCAACCUACCCAUGCAAUUCAUGCCUUUCUUCUUCUUGACUUGA